AUGAAUCAUGCACUCCAAGAGUUGUCCACUUAUCUCGAAGAGCACGGUAAAUCUCCUCAAGACUAUGGCUUGCCUGAGCCAACCGUAUACUCUGCUGAAGUUGAACAUGAACUGGAACGAUGGCACCCACAGCGUGAUGCGCUCCGUGCCAGAGCAGAGCAUGCGCUCGGUGUACUUAACGCUGAACAACGCCUUAUCUUUGAUCGCAUUGUGCACGCCGCGCUCACGGAAACUCCUCUCCUUGCGUUCAUUGAUGGCAAAGCUGGUAGAGGGAAAACUUUCCUCAUCAAUGCGAUAUGUGAUUACCUGCGCGCUCAAGGCAACAUUGUUCUCCCGACGGCAACGUCAGGUUAUGCUGCGCAGUUGUACCCUGGAGGUCGAACUACGCAUUCCACUUUUAAGGUUCCCAUCAAUGACAGGAACGAGCUGCUGAAAUCUCCUAUUACUGCUCGGUCGUCCCGAGGUGAUCUCAUCAACCGAGCCCGUGCAAUUAUGUGGGACGAAGCUCCUAUGGCCAAUAAAGCUGUUCUCGCAUGUGUUGAAGAGGUUGCCCGCACCGUCUCUGACCAUCCUGAUCUUCCUUUCGGUGGAAAGGUUUUCAUC